AUGACGUGUCUGUGCAAGAUAGUACGCUGCUACGCAGGCAGCAGUUCCGCUAGCUCUUCUGUUUUAGAUUUCACUAAUGUCUGAAUUUUGACCCAUAUAUCUCUCAUUUCACGCAUGUAAAUACUUCUACCGAAUCCUUAACCUGUCGGUCGAAGCAAAAUGGUCGUGCUUCACCGUGUCCGUGUUGUUUUGUUGCUGUUUUUUGUGUGUGGAUCGCUACGGGACGCGUUGAGCUUCUAUCUUCCUGGUUUGGCCCCGGUCAGUUUCUGUGAGAAAGAUGCGAGCGGUAAAGACAGCGACGUUCCAGACUGCAAAUCAGUCAUUGAGCUGUUUGUGAACAGGCUGGAUUCUGUGGAGUCUGUUUUGCCCUAUGAAUAUACAGCGUUUGAUUUUUGCGCUGAUCAGGCUGAGAAACGUCCAUCUGAGAACUUGGGUCAGGUGCUGUUUGGAGAGAGAAUUGAGCCGUCCCCAUAUAAGUUUUCCUUCAAGAAUAACGAGGAGUGCAAGAGUGUGUGCGUUAAACCUUACAACACAGAAAAAUCAGAGGAUAAAGCAAAACUGGACUUCCUUAAGAAGGGCAUGCUCCUUAAUUACCAACACCACUGGAUUGUUGAUAAUAUGCCAGUGACCUGGUGUUAUGAUGUGGAGGACAAUCAGAAGUUCUGUAAUCCUGGCUUCCCCAUUGGCUGCUACGUCACAGAGACAGGGCGGGCCAAAGAUGCCUGUGUGGUCAAUGCUGACUUCAAUGACAAAGACACCUUCUACAUCUUCAACCACAUGGACAUCACAAUCUUCUACCAUGUGGUGGAGAACCAGGCUGCUGGUGGUGCCAGACUGGUCGCGGCUAAAUUAGAGCCUAAAAGUUAUAAGCAUGGUAAUGUGGAAAAACCAGACUGCACAGGGCCUCCCAUGAGCCUGAGCAACAAGUUUACUGGAGAGAUCAAGAUUCCCUAUACUUACUCAGUCAAGUUUGUGCAUCUUCACAAGGUCCUUUGCUGUUGUUCUGGGAUUGAUUUGCACUUUUUGCAUCAAAAAGGAGACAGAAUGCAUCUCCUUCCUGAGCAGUAUGAUGGCUGCGUGGUCCCAUGGUGUUUAUACUUGCGUACUAUUGUUUAUACAGAUGAACGUGGUACCUUCAGGUUUUUGGAAAUUUCUCCAAAGGAUGAACCAGAUUUGUGGAUGUCCACAAUUUGUUUUCUGAGGUCUUGGCUGAUUUCUUUUGAUUUUCCCAUGAUGUCAAGCAAAGAGGCACUGAGUUUGAAGGAGGAUAAAACAAUUCGCUGGGCUUCUCGAUGGGAUUAUAUUCUUGAGUCUAUGCCACACACCAACAUUCAGUGGUUCAGUAUCAUGAACUCUCUGGUGAUCGUGCUCUUCCUCUCAGGGAUGGUUGCUAUGAUCAUGCUCCGAACGCUUCAUAAAGACAUCGCCCGAUACAACCAGAUGGACUCAGUGGAGGAUGCUCAGGAGGAAUUCGGCUGGAAGCUUGUUCACGGAGAUGUCUUCAGGCCUCCCAGGAAAGGCAUGUUGCUGUCUGUCUUCCUGGGCUCUGGGACACAGAUCUCCAUCAUGACCUUUGUUACACUCUUUUUUGCGUGUUUGGGCUUCCUGUCUCCUGCUAAUCGCGGAGCUCUGAUGACAUGUGCGGUGGUGCUGUGGGUGCUGCUGGGUACUCCAGCUGGUUACGUGGCCGCUCGCUACUACAAAUCUUUCGGUGGGGAGAAGUGGAAGACCAAUGUGCUGUUGACAGCAUUUCUGUGUCCAGGGGUGGUGUUUGCUGAUUUUUUUGUAAUGAAUCUGAUUUUGUGGGGUGAGGGGUCUUCAGCUGCCAUGCCCUUUGGCACUCUGGUGGCCAUCCUGGCUCUGUGGUUCUGUAUCUCCGUGCCCCUGACCUUUAUUGGAGCAUACUUCGGCUUCAAGAGGAGCGGGAUUGAACAUCCAGUGCGGACCAAUCAGAUCCCCAGACAAAUUCCAGAUCAGUCUUUCUACACUAAACCUCUUCCUGGCAUCAUCAUGGGUGGAAUCCUGCCAUUCGGCUGCAUCUUCAUCCAGCUCUUCUUCAUCCUCAACAGCAUCUGGUCUCAUCAGAUGUACUAUAUGUUUGGGUUUCUCUUCUUGGUCUUCAUCAUCCUGGUCAUCACCUGCUCUGAGGCCACUAUCCUCCUAUGCUACUUCCACCUGUGUGCUGAGGAUUAUCACUGGCAGUGGCGUUCCUUCCUGACCAGUGGAUUCACAGCCGUCUAUUUCCUGGUCUACGCUAUCCAUUACUUCUUCUCAAAGCUACAGAUCAGUGGACUGGCCAGCACUAUCCUUUACUUCGGCUACACCAUGAUCAUGGCCCUCAUCUUCUUCCUCUUCACAGGUACAAUUGGAUUCUUCGCCUGCUUUUGGUUUGUCACUAAGAUAUAUAGUGUAGUGAAAGUGGAUUAAAUUAAACCAAUCUAGGAUGAGACCGAACUCUUCUCCGGCCAAUGUGUGAUCCCAGAGGGGAGGGACCAGAGCGCUGUUCAACUUAAUUUGUUGCCACGGCGACCCUGCUUUACACCAACAACUCUAAAUCAACACUACAAAUUCCAUUUACUUUGCUGUGUACAUAUGUGGUAGAAAUGCAUAUUCAACCAUUUGAAGAAAUCAACACAUCAGCUUCUUUAGUUGGAACUCAAUACAGACUUAAACGAGUUAUUGCGAUUUGGAGUUGUCUUGUAAAUAUUUUUUUUUUUUCUUUUAUAACAUUCAAAUGAAAGAGUAAUGCAUAAAUCACAGAUAAGUAGCUGAAGUUUGUCAUAAAAUCUUUGAGGUGUCACAAGAUUGAUUUUGUAAAUAGCACUUUCUAUAAAUGCAUAGAAAAAGAAAAUAGAGAUAAAAAAAAACAAGGACUUAAUUCUUCAAGCGAUUUAGAGUGAGAGUGUGAAUUAUUUUCUUUUCAUCAUGUUGAUACUGUACAAUUAUUGCUUGUGUAUAACCAGUUUGGGGGGGGGUGUGUAUCUGUUUAAAGUUUUUUGUUUGAUCAUAUUUUGCUCUGUUUCUUUUUUCUUCUUAGUUCCUGUUAAUCUAUCUCUCUCUGUGUUUAUGCCUCGUUAUCACAGGGGAAACCCUUUUUCUUUUUUUCCAUUUGCUCUGUUGAGUGAAGAAUAGGUUUGUGAAAAUCAAAGUGUCCUGUCCAUACACGGGAUACUGAAGUGAAAUGAUUUCCUUUGUAUAUCUGCACAGCAUUUAAACAUGUACAUCCAUAAACUAUAUUAGCCUCGUUGGCCACACAAAUUUGGUUUUUAUCUUCUCUGAUUUUGAGGUAAUGAGAUUACAAGAAAAACAAAUAUGAUAGAAAUAAAAUCUUGUCUCCAAUGUUUUAAUGUUUUUUUUAACAUGUGGAGCAGAUCUCAGAAUCAAGCUUUUCUUUGCUCUUAUAUGAUGUCUACCAUUUUUUGUCAAAGACUGUGAGGUGAUAGCACAUGAAAUAGCACCUAAAGGGUCAUUUACUCUACAAGAGCACAUCAGCAUCUAAAUUAACAAAAAAUACACUUUCACUUUGGAGGAAUGGAAGAGUUUAAAUACUUGACGAGAGAGUCAUCUGAUUGAUGGAUAUUUCAAAGAAUGUCUAAUUUCUGUAGAGCAUUUUGGCAGAGAAUGAGCACUGGUAGCAUCCCAUCUUACUGCCUACAUGGGUCCAGUCCUCAGAACAGCUCCCUACAGUCAUGCAGUGACCAUUGUAAAUGUCAAAGUCAUAGAAAAUGUUUUAAUAGAAUUUAAAUUACUUUUUUUCAUUUGUCAACCAGUUGUGUAGUUUAAGGGGCCAAUUCACCCUAAAAUAAAACUUUUGUC